UGAAUCACGUGUUGGUUCCUGAGUUGCGGCUGAGUUGCGAGUUCUCGGGUGGUGAGGGGGACAUCUGUUUCUGCGUGUCGGGUCUCAAAACGGACCUAGAGGAUGUUGGGCUCCAAGAACAUGCCCUGGCGGCGGCUGCAGGGCAUUUCCUUCGGGAUGUAUUCGGCUGAAGAGCUCAAGAAAUUAAGUGUUAAAUCCAUCACAAACCCACGGUACCUGGACAGCCUGGGGAACCCAUCAGCAAAUGGUCUAUAUGACUUAGCAUUGGGCCCUGCAGAUUCGAAAGAAGUGUGCUCCACCUGUGUACAAGAUUUCAACAAUUGCUCUGGGCAUCUGGGCCACAUUGAGCUCCCGCUCACAGUGUACAACCCUCUCUUCUUUGAUAAACUCUACCUGCUGCUCCGAGGUUCCUGUUUAAACUGCCACAUGCUGACCUGUCCCCGAGCUGUGAUUCACCUCCUUGUCUGCCAGCUGAAGGUUCUGGAAGUUGGGGCCCUACAAGCAGUAUAUGAGCUGGAGCGAAUUCUGACCAGGUUUCUAGAAGAAAAUGCUGAUCCUUCUGCCUUUGAAAUUCAAGAAGAAUUAGAACAAUACACAACAAAAAUUGUACAGAACAACCUCUUGGGGGCGCAGGGAGCACACGUGAAGAAUGUGUGUGAGAGCAGGAGCAGACUCAUUGCUUACUUCUGGAAAGCACACAUGACAGCGAAGCGGUGUCCCCACUGCAAGACUGGGCGGUCAGUUGUCCGAAAGGAGCACAACAGCAAGCUGACAGUCACAUAUCCGUCCAUAGUACACAAGAAGUCUGACCAGAAGGACACAGAGCCCCUGGGAAUUGAGGAAGCUCAGAUGGGAAAACGAGGAUACCUGACACCCAGCAGUGCCCGGGAACAUCUUGGUGCCAUUUGGAAGAAUGAAGGAUUCUUUCUCAAUUACCUUUUUUUGGGACUGGAUGAUGUUGGCAUAGAGUCCAGAUUCAACCCCAGUGUGUUCUUUCUGGAUUUCAUAGUGGUGCCGCCCUCCAGGUAUCGCCCUGUCAAUCGCCUUGGGGACCAGAUGUUUACCAAUGGCCAGACGGUGAAUUUGCAAGCUGUCAUGAAGGACAUAGUUCUGAUCCGGAAGCUUCUGGCCUUGAUGGCCCAGGAACAGAAGCUGCCCACUGACGUGGCAGCACUUGCCACAGAUGAGGAAAAAGACUCUUCAGUUGCUAUGGAUCGGUCCUUUCUAAGUUUGCUGCCUGGCCAGUCUUUCACAGACAAACUUUACAACAUUUGGAUUCGCCUUCAGAGCCACGUUAACAUUGUGUUUGAUAGUGAGAUGGACAAAUUAAUGAUGGAAAAGUUCCCUGGCAUUAGACAGAUCCUAGAGAAGAAGGAAGGCCUAUUCCGAAAACACAUGAUGGGAAAGCGAGUAGACUAUGCGGCCCGCUCGGUCAUUUGUCCCGACAUGUACAUCAGCACCAAUGAAAUCGGCAUUCCCAUGGUAUUUGCCACAAAACUGACCUACCCUCAGCCAGUGACCCCCUGGAACGUCCAGGAACUGAGGCAGGCAGUCAUCAACGGCCCAAACGUGCACCCUGGAGCCUCCAUGGUCAUCAACGAGGAUGGCAGCCGCACAGCCCUGAGCACCGCGGACAUAGCCCAGCGGGAAGCGGUGGCCAAACAGCUCCUGACACCAGCCACAGGGACGCCUAAGCCCCAGGGAACAAAAAUUGUGUGCCGGCACGUGAGGAAUGGGGACAUUCUCCUGCUGAACCGACAGCCUACCCUGCACAGACCUUCCAUCCAGGCCCACCUCGCCCGCAUCCUGCCUGAAGAAAAAGUCCUACGGCUGCACUAUGCCAACUGCAAGGCAUACAAUGCUGACUUUGAUGGAGAUGAGAUGAAUGCUCAUUUCCCCCAGAGUGAGCUGGGCCGGGCUGAGGCCUAUGUUUUGGCCUGCACUGAUCAGCAAUACCUUGUUCCCAAGGAUGGGCAGCCAUUGGCGGGAUUGAUCCAAGACCACAUGGUUUCAGGAGCAAACAUGACUAUUCGAGGUUGCUUUUUCAACCGGGAACAGUAUAUGGAGCUGGUGUACCGAGGACUCACCGACAAAGUGGGGCGUGUGAAGCUCCUUCCUCCUGCCAUCCUGAAGCCUUUACCCCUGUGGACAGGAAAGCAGGUUGUGUCUACACUGCUGAUAAACAUAAUCCCAGAGGACUACAUCCCACUGAACUUAACUGGAAAAGCAAAAAUCCCGGGGAAAGCCUGGGUACAAGAAACUCCUCGGCCUGUUCCCAGCUUUAACCCUGACUCAAUGUGCGAGUCCCAGGUGAUCAUCAGGGAAGGAGAGCUGCUCUGUGGAGUGCUGGACAAGGCGCACUAUGGGAGCUCCGCCUAUGGCCUGGUCCACUGCUGUUAUGAGAUCUAUGGGGGCGAGACCAGCGGCAGGGUCCUCACCUGCCUGGCUCGCCUUUUCACUGCCUACCUGCAGCUCUACAGAGGCUUCACCUUGGGCAUGGAAGACAUUUUGGUGAAGCCAAAGGCGGAUGAGAAGAGACAUCAGAUCAUUGAAGAAUCCACCCAGUGUGGGCUCCAAGCUGUCAGGGCUGCAUUAAACCUGCCAGAAGCUGCAUCAUGUGAUGAGAUCCGAGGGAAAUGGCAGGAUGCCCAUCUGGGGAAAGACCAGAGAGAUUUUAACGUGAUUGAUCUGAAGUUCAAGGAGGAAGUGAACCAUUACAGCAAUGAGAUUAACAAGGCAUGCAUGCCUUUCGGCCUGCACAGACAGUUCCCAGAGAACAACCUGCAGAUGAUGGUGCAGUCGGGAGCCAAAGGUUCUACAGUGAACACAAUGCAGAUUUCCUGCCUGCUGGGACAAAUUGAACUGGAAGGUCGGAGACCCCCACUGAUGGCGUCUGGCAAGUCACUGCCCUGCUUUGAGCCCUAUGAAUUCACCCCUAGGGCUGGUGGCUUCGUCACUGGAAGGUUUCUCACCGGCAUUAAGCCUCCUGAGUUCUUCUUUCACUGCAUGGCAGGGCGAGAAGGCCUGGUGGACACAGCUGUGAAAACGAGCCGCUCCGGCUAUCUCCAAAGGUGCAUCAUCAAGCAUCUGGAGGGGCUGGUCGUCCAGUAUGAUCUGACGGUCCGCGACAGCGACGGCAGCGUGGUGCAGUUCCUGUAUGGGGAGGACGGCCUGGACAUCCCCAAGACACCAUUCCUGCAGCCCAAGCAGUUCCCCUUCCUGGCCAGCAACUAUGAGGUGAUAGUGAAAUCCAAGCAUCUCCACGAAGCUCUGUCCAGAGGAGAAUCCCAAAAAGCUCUCCGCCACUUCAGAGCCAUCAAGAAAUGGCACAGCAAGCAUUCCAGUGCGCUGCUGAGGCGGGGUGCCUUCCUCAGUUAUUCCCAGAAGAUGCAGGCAGCAGUGAGAGCCCUGAACCUAGAGGGAAAGAACCAAAAUGGCCGCAGCCCAGAGGCUCAGCAGAUAUUGCAGAUGUGGUAUGAGUUGGAUGAGCAGAGCCGUCGGAAAUACCAGAAGAAAGCAGCCCCUUGUCCUGACCCAAGUCUGUCUGUCUGGCGUCCAGACAUCUACUUAGCGUCUGUGUCAGAAACAUUUGAAAAGAAAGUUGAUGACUACAGCCAGGAGUGGGCAGCCCAUGCAGAGAAGAGCUAUGAGAAAUCGGAGCUUUCUCUUGACAGGCUGAGGACCCUGCUGCAGCUGAAGUGGCAGCGCUCGCUGUGCGACCCGGGUGAGGCCGUGGGUCUGUUGGCUGCCCAGAGCAUCGGGGAGCCCUCCACGCAGAUGACCCUGAACACCUUCCACUUUGCUGGCAGAGGCGAGAUGAACGUCACCCUGGGCAUUCCCAGGUUGAGGGAGAUUCUCAUGGUGGCCAGUGCCAACAUCAAGACGCCGAUGAUGAGUGUGCCCGUGUUCAACACCAAGAGGGCACUGAAGAGAGUGAAGAGCCUGAAGAAGCAGCUCACCAGAGUGUGCCUUGGGGAGGUGUUGCAGAAAGUUGACGUUGAGGAGUCCUUCUGUAUGGGGGAAAAGCAGAACAAGUUCCGGGUGUACCAGCUGCAGUUUCACUUCCUGCCACAUGCAUAUUAUCAGCAGGAGAAGUGCCUGAGACCCGAGGACAUCCUGCACUUCAUGGAAACAAGGUUCUUCAAACUUCUGAUGGAAUCCAUCAGAAAGAAGCAUAGUAAAGCAUCAGCCCUCCGAAGCGUGAACACUCGGAGAGCCACACAGCGGGAUCUCGAUGAUGCUGGAGAAUCAGGGAGGGCUCGGGGAGAGCAGGAGGGUGAUGAGGAAGAUGAGGGGAACAUUGUGGAUGCUGAAGCUGAGGAGGGGGAUGCUGAUGCCUCUGACACAAAAUGCAAGGCCAAGCGAGAAGAAGAGGUGGAUUAUGAGAGUGAGGAAGAGGAGGAGAAAGAGGAAGAGGAAGAUGAUGAGGACACACAGGAUGAUGGGAACAUCCAUGGUGAAGAUGCCAGCCAGGCCCAUGAACCAGAUGAAGAGGUGGGCUCAGGCCCCGAGGAGGACCUGGCCCAGAAACCUCAAUGCCGCCGCCGCCGCCAGGAGCCCCAGGGAGCCGAGGCUGUGGAGCGGCGCAUCCAGGCCGUGCGUGAGGCCCACUCAUUCAUUGAGGACUACCAGUACGACACCGAGGCGGGCCUGUGGUGCCAGGUGACGCUGAAGCUCCCUCUGAUGAAAAUUAACUUUGACAUGAGCUCCCUCAUCAUGUCCUUGGCCCACAGCGCUGUCGUCUACACAACCAAGGGCAUCACUCGGUGCCUCCUGAAUGAAACCACCAACGGUAAGAACGAGAAGGAGCUUGUGCUGAACACGGAAGGGAUCAACCUCCCGGAGCUGUUCAGGUAUUCCGAGGUGCUGGACCUGCGCCGACUCUACUCUAAUGACAUUCAUGCCAUGGCCAACACGUACGGCAUCGAGGCCGCACUGCGGGUGAUCGAGAAGGAGAUCAAGGAUGUGUUUGCCGUGUAUGGCAUUGCAGUGGAUCCUCGCCAUCUGUCCCUGGUUGCUGAUUAUAUGUGCUUUGAGGGUGUUUACAAGCCACUGAAUCGCUUCGGGAUCAGGUCAAGCUCCUCUCCUCUGCAGCAGAUGACGUUUGAAACCAGCUUCCAGUUCCUGAAGCAGGCCACCAUGAUGGGAUCCCACGAUGAGCUGAAGUCCCCUUCAGCCUGCCUCAUGGUUGGGAAGGUCGUCAAGGGCGGAACAGGCCUGUUUGAGCUCAAGCAGCCCCUGAGAUAGCAGCUGCUGCGUGCCAUCUGCCCACUGGAGAUCCUGGGUGUGGGCGUGGCCAGCUCAAGAGAGAGCCGGAAGAUCAGGCUCCAAGGUGGUUCAGAGUGGCAGUCCAGAGCGCAGUAGCAACCUCAGGCUCCAGAAGCAGAGCUGGGCUUUGGGCGGAAGUGGAAAGCGGCACUUUUGCUCCUCCCUGCCCCAUCUCAGGACUGUUAACAGCGCUCUCUGAGUCCCUCCAGUAUGGCUGGGGCUUCACAUGCACUGCAAAAUUGUGAGGAGAAGCCGCAGGAUGUUUCCUGGAGGACCAAGGACACAAGGAUUUGUGUGCAGCUGUUGGGGACCCACAGCGCCUCCAGUGUACGGAAGUGAGAUCCUGUUGCUGUGAGUGCCAGUGACUGCAGACAGGAUGCCUGGGGUCUCCAGUGAGUGGAAACAUAGAUCCGGCCACCCCUUGGCCUGCCCUCCGGGCUCUUCCGACAUCUUGGGACAGGGUACCUGGAGUCCUCAACCCAGGACUGCUUCCAUGGCCAGGGCAGGGCAGCACAAACCUCCACUAACCCAGCUAUGCUUGCACUGCAGCAGGGCCUCUCCAGGGCCCCAGCAGUCCCCCACGCAGAAAUCCCCACUCGGGCCUUGGCCAUGCUGCCGGGCUUCCCCGGCUGUGCCCUCAGGGUUUUCGAGGCCCGUGGCUCCGGCCAUGCCCUCGGCACCCUGCACAGCACCAAGGUGCCUGGCUUGAACAGAACAGGCAGAGGCCUAAAUAGAGGCUUCAUAAAAGCAGAGGCUGUUUCUAUUUUUGUCCAAUGUUAUUCCUACUCAGGCUAAGCAAUAAACACCACUGGAACUAGCUGUUGGGAGGGAAGGGAAACCCUGACUUGUGUUUUUCCUCUGCUUUGUGGGUUUCUGCAUUUGGAGUUCAGAACCCAGAACUGAGAUUUUUCUUGGCACAGUUAGACCUCACUCCCUCUUUUUGCUUUCAUCCGAGAUUGUGGGGGCAGAUCUCAUCCCAUACAGGCCCCCUCACCACCACCCCCAUCUGUCCCACCAUUGUCCCCUUCCAGCUCUCACCCAGUGGCCGAAAGGAAGCACAGGACAAAAACUGGGGGCAGGAGCUGUGCUCCAGCAGGUUGGGGAGCUGCAGUGCCCUCAAAGGUGGGAUCGGAGUUAAAGGUAGGCCUUGCCAGGAGAACAGGACUACACUGCUCCCCCCAGACAUGCCUCCUGCACCUGCACGUGACAGGGUCUGCCGGGCUGGCCACGCUUGGACACGGGAAUACAAAAGCUGCCAGGGGAGUCCAGGGCAGUCCCUGUGGAGCCUGCUGCAGAGGCCCAGCCUGCAGGGUGAGGCACUCAUUCUUGGAGAUGCAGGCUGACUACGCUCAGUGAUUUCCACUUAGACUAGAAUUGCAAGAGAACCCUCAAAGGAGAUCACAAGGUACCCCAGUGCUGCAGCAUCUGCAGAUGAAUGAGUCCACAGUUCCAUGGCAUCAGCCCCACCCAGGCCUGGAGGGCAUGAGGAUAGACGAGCAGCCCCUGAGUCCUGGCAGGGCUACAGACCCCCAUGCUCCAUCAACCAACCUGUGCUGGGACACGAGGUGAUGGUCUCUGUCCCCACAGCUCUUUUUACACCUUUAUCUCCUCCCGCAUGGAUGAGCAGAAAACAGCGCAUCUAGUUUUUAAUGAGAUGUUGCAGUGUCUGGCCGGCUGUGACAUCUUUGCAGUAGCCUUAGGGUUGCGAAUCCGGUUCUUUGCGGUGCCCUGGAGUUUUGGAAAGAGCUGUUAAUAGGCCUGCGACAAAUUUGAUGAAGAAGAUAGAGCAGUUGCAAAAUCUCUGCUUAUUUUUGUUUCUUGUAUUUUUUUGUGGGUUUUUGUGGUUUUUUGGCAAUACUAACUCAAGGUUGAGCCCAGAGCCUCCUGUAUGGUGGGCUACAGUGAAUAAAACGCUAUGAACAAGGGGUGGUGAUACACA